UAAUUAUACACAUUUUAUCUUCUCGUCUUGUGUGAUUCUCCUGCUAUCGCCGGCGAUGAUUCCUCUCACCCUUUCGUCGCCGUCUCUAAAUCGGCUCGUUUUGUUCACGUCUCGUUACUCUCACUCUCCACUUCUCCGUAGCUUCAAAUCGCUCCCCUUGAUCCACCGGACACUACCGCACAACCAUCUUCUCGGCGUAAGGUGUCAUGCUAGUAGUAGCAGCGGUUCUUCCUCUUUCACCGCAAAGCCUUCCAAAGAGAUUCGGAGAGCUCGAACCGAAUUAGUCGUGGACGAGAAGCUUAGCGCGCUUCGGAAACAAUUCUCAGAGCCUGGUGUUGGAAUCGAUGCUUAUAUCAUACCUUCACAGGAUGCCCAUCAGAGCGAGUUCAUCGCCGAGUGCUAUGCGAGGAGGGCUUUCAUAUCAGGAUUUACCGGAAGUGCUGGCACCGCUGUUGUCACCAAGGAUAAGGCGGCUCUGUGGACAGAUGGCCGCUACUUUCUUCAGGCGGAGAAGCAAUUGAACACUAGUUGGAUUCUCAUGCGUGCGGGUAAUCCAGGAGUCCCCACGGCAAGUGAAUGGGUAGCUGAUGUUUUAGCUCCUGGUGGAAGAGUUGGUAUUGACCCUUUCCUGUUUUCCGCCGAUGCUGCGGAGGAAUUGAAGGAGGCAAUAGCAAAGAAGAAUCAUGAGUUGGUUUACUUGUACGAUGCAAAUCUUGUGGAUGAAAUAUGGAAGGGCUCAAGGCCAAAUCCUCCUAGCAAACAAAUAAGGGUACAUGACUUGAAGUAUGCUGGUGUAGACGUGGCAUCAAAAUUGGCCGCUUUGAGAAAUGAAAUUAUGGAUGCCGGCGCAUCUUCCAUUGUGAUAUCCAUGCUUGAUGAGAUUGCAUGGGUGCUUAAUUUGAGAGGGAGUGAUGUUCCACAUUCACCUGUUGUGUACGCAUAUUUGAUUGUAGAGGUGGACCAAGCCAGACUCUUUGUGGACAGUUCUAAAGUAACUGCAGAGGUGAAAGAUCAUUUGAAAAAUGCAGGGAUCGAACUCAGCCCUUAUGAUUCCAUUCUUUCAGAAAUAGAUAGUUUGGCAGCACGGGGAGCCCAGCUCUUGAUGGAUCCAUCAACCCUCAACGUAGCUAUCAUUAGCACCUACAUAUCUGCAUGUGAGAAACAUUCAAGGAAGUCUGGAAACGAAGACAAAGCUAAGACAAAGUUUAGUGUUGGCUCUAGCGGGUAUCCUGCAAAACCCUCUGGGAUUUACAGGCCGUCUCCUAUUUCGUGGGCGAAGGCCAUCAAAAACGAUGCCGAGUUACAGGGGAUGAAAAAUUCUCACUUGAGAGAUGCUGCUGCUCUAGCUCAUUUCUGGGCUUGGUUGGAGGAGGAAGUCCACAAGAAUGUGAACCUAACAGAGGUAGAUGUGGCUGACAGGCUCCUUGAAUUCCGUUCAAUGCAAGAUGGUUUUAUGGAUACAAGCUUCGAUACUAUAAGCGGUUCCGGUGCAAAUGGUGCUAUUAUACAUUAUAAACCAGAGCCAGAGAGCUGCAGUGGUGUAGACCCUCAAAAACUUUUCUUGCUCGAUAGUGGAGCUCAAUAUGUGGAUGGAACAACAGAUAUCACCAGAACAGUACAUUUUAGUGAACCUUCUGCCCGAGAAAAAGAAUGUUUCACCCGAGUUUUACAGGGCCAUAUAGCUCUUGAUCAAGCCGUUUUCCCAGAAGGUACUCCUGGUUUUGUAUUGGAUGGGUUUGCACGGUCUUCUCUAUGGAAAAUUGGUCUUGAUUACCGCCAUGGACAAACUUUUUCUAGAAAUCAUAAUCUCCUUCAUGUGAAAGAUGCUGAAACACCUAACCGCUUUGGUGGUGCUACAUACCUUGGAUUCGAGAAGCUUACAUUCUUCCCCAUUCAGACAAAAAUGGUUGAUGUUUCUUUACUCUCUCAUGCUGAGAUUGACUGGCUUAACAAUUAUCACGCAGAAGUCUGGGAAAAGGUUUCACCUUUGCUAGAAGGUCCUACUCAGCAGUGGCUCUGGAACAACACUCUGUUUGAAUACGGAGUUUUGGUGAAUGAAUUCUCGAUGGGCGAUUCAGAAACUGACCUCUCACCUUCCUUCUUGCUUGUCUACCGUCUUGUGCCCUUCGAAAAUCCUAAUCCGGCAGAGCCCAAGUUACCAAGUCUCGACUUUUCUCCUCAACCAUGUCGAUAUAAGCCUUCUCUUAUCCAACUGCGGAAGACAAGGCUGUUCUGUUUGGUGACCAACAUGAUUCACGCUUUGGCAAUUUUAAGCGGUUAUGACAAGGAGAUUUCCGUGGGCAACACAUUGAUCACAGCCUACUUCAAAUGUGGAUGUUCGGUUUCUGGGAGACGGGUUUUUGAUGAGAUGCCUCAAAGAAAUGUCAUCACUUGGACGGCUGUGAUUUCGGGUCUGAUGCAGAACGAGUUACAUGACGAUGGUCUAAGGCUGUUUAGUUUGAUGCGCAGAGGAUUGGUCCAUCCAAACUCUGUAACUUAUUUGAGUGCUCUAUCUGCUUGUUCAGGCUCACAGAGGGUAACGGAGGGGAAACAGAUUCAUGCUCUUUUGUGGAAAUCUGGGAUUGAGUCAGAAUUGUGCAUUGAGAGUGAGCUAAUGGAUAUGUACUCUAAAUCCGGAAGCAUCGAAGAUGCGUGGAAGAUUUUUGAGUCCACGGAAGAAAUUGAUCAAGUUUCAAUGACUGUGAUGUUGGUUGGUUUAGCACAAAAUGGGUCAGGGGAAGAGUCUAUACAUUUUUUCAUUAGAAUGCUUCAAGCUGAUACAAUGGAAUGUCUUCGCUUAUUUACAUCGAUACCGAAAAUCUCUUUCUUCUCCAAUUCAAGAAAUUCAACAUCGCGGCGAUUCAUCCUCAGUUGCAGAGAGAGAAGUAGAGAUGAUCCACUCUCCAGCUCCUCACCGUACUCUAUACUCGGCGUAGAUCCAAGCUGCUCAUCUUCCGAGCUAAAGGCAGCUUUUCGUGCCAAAGUGAAACAAUAUCAUCCUGAUGUGAACAGAGAAGAGAGCAAUUCUGAUAUUAUGAUCCGUCGUAUAAUCCAGGCAUAUGAGAUGUUAACCAACUAUAGCCGAUCAGAGAUAAUUGAAGGAGAAUGCUUGGACCCUUUUGACCAUCCAGAGUGCGAGGCACUUGAUGUGUUUGUGAAUGAGGUCCUUUGUGUUGGAACAAGAUGUUCGUACCCAUGUUUUAAAACAGCUCCUCAAGUCUUCUCAUGUGCUUCAGGUGCAACAGCUCGAGCAAUGUCCCAAGGGCAUGGCGAAGAUUCCCGCGUACAAACUGCAGUUAAUCAGUGCCCUAGAAACUGCAUACAUUACGUCACACCUUCACAGAGAAUUAUUCUGGAAGAGUUACUAGACAGUGUUUUGGACAAGCCUUAUGAUUGUUCGGCCGAGGCAGAGCUGCUCUAUGCUCUUAUAGUCAAAGCUCAGUUUGAGAACAAUCGGUACCAGAAGCCAAAGAAGAAACAACCUGAAUCCUCUACCAAACAUGGCCAUAUAGCUCUUGAUCAAGCCGUGUUCCUAGAAGGUACUCCUGGUUUUGUAUUAGAUGGGUUUGCACGGUCUUCUCUAUGGAAAAUUGGACUUGAUUACCGUCAUGGGACAGGACAUGGCAUAGGUGCUGCACUCAAUGUGCAUGUAGGUCCUCAAAAAGAGCGUGAGAGAGAAUAUGAGAUAGCCGAAGCUAAUGAAACCACGCUUGAAAGU